AGUGGGUUCGUGCGUUAGAAUGGCGAGUCGUCGCCAGCAAGGCAAGAAACAUAAUUUUGUGCCAAAGCCAAAAGAGAUUACGCUGAGCAUUUACAUCUGGACAGAUCGCUAUCCAACUAAAGGAGAAAGGCGAACACUACUCGAAGACUUUAACAACCUUCUUGAAGCUCACAAAUACCACGUUAAGGAAGUGGGUGAGCCUUCGGACAUUGGUCUCAAUGCCCGCAACAUCAAAAUCAGUUUAAAGACAACAGAACACCGGACGAAGUUCAAGUUUUUCAAGAAGCUCAGGGAAGACUGGUCUUCCUCAAUUUGUAAACUCGGAGAGCCCUUUUGGCUAGAGUCAGCGGAAACAUCCCGUGAAACGUUCAAAUACAAAUUUGAUGAUACAAGGCAAGUCCUACAAGCCUCUUUCUUCAGCUUUGGCAAUUUUCUCGACCGCGGAACAUACAUACAGCACUGGUCCAGCGAAGAAAAUGACAGCCUCAUCGAAAACGGAAAUAUUCAAGUCGAGUUUGAGCAUGAUACCAAACUCCUCUCUCUUACUUAUUUCAAGAACGGCGCCCCGGAAGGUUUCAAAGAGGUCCGAAUUGAAAUGGAAUUCAGGCAGUUGGAAGAUUACAUUGUUGUAGACGAAAAAACUGCUCAGAGAAAUGUCAAGUUUUAUUUUCUGCUUCAGUGGCCGCCAAAAGUACUUCAAGGUAAAAAAUAAGGAAAUAAUAAAUAAAUGAUUAAAACUGCAAAGACACAGAGAUCGUGGGUUUCAGUGAGUACUUAUAAUUUGAAACUGCACCGAUGUUCAAGCAAAAGCAAAUGAAUCAACAGUUUAAGAAAAAUGCUCUUAGUUUUUGUAUAACCUAACCUGAGAAAUACACAGCCGAAAGUUAGUAACGCCAACAAUCACCCCACCCCCUCCAGCCUGAAAUGAGGUUCUGAAGAACGAGCGCAAAAGUUCCAUAUUGAUAACGGGUCACUACCCGACGUACUUGUUUACUAAAUUCAGUAAUAACGGAUCAUUGUUUUUAUAGAUUUGUAUAUAUUCCUUUUUUAUCGUUAUGAAUAAGAUGGUUUAAUAGUUGCUUUAGUUUUAAUUUUUUCCUUUUUUACUCAUUGUAAAUAUAAUAGGAUAUAGUUGUAAAUUUGUAAAUAUUUUUCAAUAAUGUUGUUUACAUAACUGUAAAGCUCCUUGAACAUAGGAUAAGAGCGCUAUAGAAAUAAAGUUAUUAUUAUUAUCAUUAUUAUGAUUAUUAUUAUUAUCAAGGUUGUGCUUCUCAUUGGUUGAAAAUGCACUCAUCUCACUUACCUUUAACACUUUGCAUGCUGUACAGCUUAUUUUUAUCGACCCUCUUUACUUUCGCCUUUGGCUUUUGUAACGCUCAGUACAAUUGUAUCACCCCUUGCUUGCUUACUUGCUUAUUUCGAGCGAACUCGAACUCCAUUAACUAACUUUAUCCAUUCCUUCCGGUUUCCCAUGAUGCUCUUCAGUUCAGCAAUGCUCAAACCAGUAUCAUUUCGCAGUUGGCCCCGGUUGUUCAAACGCUGGAUAGCGCUAUCCACCGGAUAAAUCACUAUCCAGCGGAUAAGUAUUACGGAAAUCAAUUACGCUAUCCGCUGGAUAGUGAUUUAUCCGGUGGAUAGCGCUAUCCGACGUUUGAACAACCGGGGGCAGGUCUACAGAUGUUGUUGCUGGUCUUCCUCUCUUUCUUGCGCCGUGCUUUGGUUCCCAGAGAAGUAGAUCAAUCAAUCAAUCAAUAAAGCUUUAUUAACGGUAUCACUUCAUUAAAAAUGCUCUUCUAGUGAGCCUUUUACAUAACAAAAUUUUCAGAGAAACUACAUUAAUGCUAAAAUAUAUCUAUAUAUUAAGAAAAUCUAUCCUAUAAUUAAUUACACAAAAAUCAAUCAACCUUAAAGGUACAUUAAAUAACUGAAAUAAAAUUCUAUCUCAACUCCCUCAAGUCAGUCCCUGGUUCAAGACAAAGAUAGGGCAGACUUGAAAGAGUUGAGAUUUAUCUCGUCUUUUAGCACAUUUUCUAGGCCAUUCCACAUGACUGCUUAUCAUUAUUAUUAUUAAUUAUUAUCAUUAUUAUGCCUUAUUAUUAUUCCACAUGAUCACUUAUCACCUCAUCCUUUUUUCUCCAACAUUGUCCUAUAAAACGCAGCCUCCUGAUCAUCAGUGUAUCUGUAAUCUUAGGAAGGUUACCGUACAGUUGUUUGUUGGUUUUAUGUUCCUUCCAGGAAACUCCAGGAACUGCUCUGAGCAUUCUUGUGUACGUACCAUCUAGUCUAUUCCUCAUCAUAUACUAAUGACAUAUAAUUUAUUAACAUCAUCUUUGUUGUGCAGAGGUACAAGUCAAUAACCACACCAACUAUGACCGCCUUACCAGCUUCUUAGGAUGCAGACGAGAGGUCCUUGGUUCCAGUUCGGUAUUAUGCCUCAGCUUUCAGCUUCCUGGAGGAGCUGACGAGGAUGAAGUUGACUCCCCACUGGGACUCAUGGCUUGUCUUUCAAUCAGAGGUAAAAUAAUACCCUCAUUUCCAUGCAACGCUUGGCCUGUGAAAAAGGUCUUCCAAUGUGGUAGGGGAAGCGUCUUUUAAAUCAUGAGCGGAAUGUACCUAACAUGUAUCCCAUAAACCUAUUUUAUUUAUUUAUUUAUUUUCACCGAUAAAUUCACAGGCGACUCGGAAGGAAAGAGUUCACUUUAGGUUCCCACAGGAACAUAUCUUAUUUACUAGUUAGAUGCCCCACCAUUGAGAUACAAAAGAGUCGUGAGAGCUAAGAUCAUUUAAUUUUUGAUAGUUUUUCCUUUAGAAAUGAACAAGAUCAGAGUUGGAACACUCUGUUGUACAAAGGAUCCGCCAUCAUUGUAGAUCUGUAAAUCGCUUUUAUGCUGAUUUGUGUUCCUUGUCUUAUUCGCUCCUGUUAUCUUCUUAUCGUCGUAUUAUAAUAAUUGAUUCUUUCUUUCUUUCUUUCUCGUUGGGACCUCGGUUCCGUUUGUUUGCCCCUUAUUAAGCCUGGUCCAAAAAGAUUUGGGAUCUUUACUUGAACUUUCUGAAUCAAAUUAAUAAAUAAAUAAAUAAGUCGACCUCUUCUUAGAGUCUUGCAACUAUUGUAUUAUUACAGCUUCUUAAAGUUAGGAAAGAAAAUCUGAAACAAAAAAUGAAGCGUGCUAAUUUGGUGAAAGCCUGUGGUUCUAGAUCUGAGUGAUGUAAUAAGUGCCAUAUAUUUUAUAUACUAGGCUUUGCUAUGAAGUUUGGAGCUGUUCGUAGAAAAUCUCCUCGAGGUCCCACAGAAGAACCAAUGAAGCCUUCAUUUUCAGACUAUAAGAUCACGUACGCUUUGGAAUGCCUUCUGUCCAGGGGAUGCAAAGUACGUGAUCGUAUUUCACGACGUUUUUACGAUCUGUUACGAAAGGCCACCGACAGAUAUGAAUCACUUCUUGAUAAUAAACUUGUUUCCCCUGAAAGGGUAUGCAACGCGCUUUACAGAUUAGUAAGUUUUGCGGACAAUGAUCGCUUCAUCCCUCUUGAGCACCAUUUGGAAAGUUUAUUGUAUGGAGAAAUGAAGCAUUCUACAGCAUUUGAGUUCGAGCUUCCAAAGCAUUACGUUUACAUUCCGCGUCUCAUAGUAACCCCGACCCAAGAUUUCCUUGUGCUGCCAGAGCUAGUCGCAGAGAAUCGAGUAAUCAGAGACUACGAUCAUAAGCAGGCAAUGAGAAUUGCAUUUCGAGAAGAAGACUUUUCCAAGCUUGCAUCCACUUACCCAGAUGGCCUUGAAAAAGUGUUACAAGAGCGCGUCAGAGAUCUCCUAUCGCACAAAAUUAAAAUUGGUGGUCGAGAAUUUGAGUUUUUGGCAUGCUCCAACAGCCAGUUACGCGAUCACGGUGCGUGGCUGUAUGCAACUGACGGAGAUCAUACUGCUGCUCAGAUUAGACAAUCACUAGGGCAAUUAAAUGAAAUCAGAUGCGUUGCGACAUAUGUGUCAAGAAUGGGCCAGUGCUUUUCCUCCACGAAAGAGGCUGUAACUGUGAGAAUUGAAGACGGGUGCAAGAUCGGAAUGAUACCAGAUAUAGAAGUAGAGUACCAAAAUGUGUUCUUCAAGUGUUGCAACAGCUGGAGAUCUGGAACUUACACUUUCAGCGAUGGAGUUGGAAAAAUUAGCAAGGCUUUGGCCAGGAAAGUAAGAGACUAAAUUAUUUAUUGCCAUAUUGUUAUUUUACGAGGCAAAAAAUAGAAUACUGAAAAAACUAGUAAGGAGGAGGUCAUGUAAUCAUUCUUUCAAUUUUAUUCCGGCAUUUUACAGUUGUGCUAUGAUCAUGUACUGCUGACGUGGCGGGAUCAGGCCUGAAAUGACAUGAAUAUCUGCAUAAAUUCUUCACAUCAUACACAGCUUCAUUCAAUAUAUAGUAGUUAAGUAUUAACAUCAGAAGUUAGAUGAUCUAACAAAUCUACCAAAUCUUAUUGAAGCGAACGACGUAAUAUCUUAUCCCUAAGUCUUUUAACAAAGCACAUGCUGCUCAGAAUGUGGCUGGAAAAUGUUCCGAAUAUGUACCGAAUAUGCAUGUUAAAGGAUCUCAAAGAACUUUUCGAUCUUCUUUAAGGUGUGUUCCUAUAUUCUUUAUAAUUUCCUGAAGAUUAUGGAAUAUUUCCAGCAAUUGUAUUACUUCGUUUUUUCCUUUCAGGUUGCAGACAGCCUUGAUCUGGACCCGAUUCCAUCGGCUUAUCAGAUUCGCUUUCAAGGUUGCAAGGGGAUGUUAGCAAUAGAUCCCAGUCUUCCAAAUGGUGACGUCAAAGAGAUACUGUUGUAUCGAAAGAGCAUGAACAAGUUUGUAUCAUCUCACUCUGCGCUAGAGAUCUGCGAGGCAACAAGACCAAGUGAGUUGGGCAAAUCUUGUUGUUAAGUUGUCUUUUUUUAAAAGUUAUUUGUAUGUUAAUUGUUUGUUUGUUUGUUUGUUUACUCUUACAAUGAAUGGAAAACGCAUCAUAUGAACUGGGAUUUAAGAUGGAUAUCUGUUAAGGUGAUUCGCUGGUUUGGCACUGCGCAUUUUUACUGCGCAUAACAGGCCGCCGAGAAAAAGAGCAUCCAAAGUAACAUUAUUAAGAUGAUAUUGACUGAAGAGAAACGUCAUUAGAAUUUUCGGUUGCGGUUGAUUCUUGCCGAUAUGAGACAAUGUGUUGGGAAUGUGCAUAACGUAAGCAGUACGCGUGUUGCUAAGUUCGACUUUAUCGGGGAGAACCUCGAUCGAGUGGACGUUAAUCGUGUACUAUCUCACUUUGAUUUUGUUUUAAGAGUCAUCUUUAUCGCAUUUCGUCCCACCUGUGAUAUGUCGAUGUAAAUUCUGAAAAAAAAAAAACAGAUUAUUUAAUGCCUUCUUCCCCUUCCACAUACAUGCCUUUUGAAACCCGCCCCAGUCCUCUCUCAAUAAUCGGAGAAAAUGCAUGUGGUGCGCACUUUCUACAUUUUAAGGAGAAUUGGCAUAAAUCUAUGUUCAGUUUGUACGGAUUGGGCUAUCACGAGUCGAAUAGCGCGUGUACAAAUUAAGUCUACUUUAGAGCGUAAAGUAAAAACAAGGGCAUAAAAAGGCAUUUUUUUCUGGUACGUAAAUGGAUAAACAAUACAUUUAAAUCAAAUUGUGCGCGGUACCACGCGCAUCAUCGAAAAUAUUUCUCCUUUUUGUCUAGUUUUGGGCUGCACGCGGUUUUUGCCAAAGGGUCCUAAACAAUCUCGACCCAGAGCUCUUCUGCGCAUGUAGAGGAGAGAGAUCAGCAUUGUGACUUCAAAACGAGCACGGUGACCCCUACUUUUAAUUACUUUUUUGUCAUCUUAUUGACUUGGUUCAUCAGUUUACCAAGUUUUAUCUACAAUCUACGUUAGGUUCUUUUACUAAGGAAUCAUGCACCUUAAACAAGAGAGAAUGACCUUCUCAACUAUCUCCCAUCUAUCAACCAACUAUCUCCCAUCCACUCUGCAUUUAUGUCCAAUUUGCAUUUUUGUCAUUUUUAGCUUUGGUUAAUUUAAGACAACGGGGCAAAUGCUGAUCUAAAUCUAUAUCGGCUUUAAACAAGUACUAGGCCUAUUUCACCGAUUAAAGUCGCUGAUAACUCCAUGGGAUGAGCAAAAAAGUAGAGGUUUUUACUUUGGGGUAAGUGAAUCUUGCAACCGCUUUACAAAACAGGGCGGCUAGAGUUGUGUUGCAAGUGAGUAAGUUUCAGCAUAUCACACCUGUUUUGUGUGAGCUUCACUGGCUACCGAUUCAAUAUCGUAUUAUUUUCAAGAUUCUGCUCGUCGUGUAUAAAUCACUGAAUGGGACAUCGCCUAGCUAUUUAGCUCAAAAACUACAUUAUCGUUCUCAUACUAGAUCAUUGAGGUCUGUUAGUAAUGAACUUUUAAUGCAACCUAGGUCGUAUACCAAGACCUACGGAGAUAGAGCAUUCGCUGUUCAUGCACCAAGAGAAUGGAACUUAAUACCCUAUGAAAUUCGGAAGUCCAACACCAUCUCGAGUUUUAAAAGAUCACUUAAGACGUACUUGUUUACUAAAUUCAGUAAUAACGGAUCAUUGUUUUUAUAGAUUUGUAUAUAUUGCGUUAGUUUUAAUUUUUCCCUUUUUUUAUCAUUAUGAAUAUGGUUUAAUAGUUGCUUUAGUUUUAAUUUUUUCCUUUUUUACCCAUUGUAAAUAUAAUAGGAUAUGGUUGUAAAUUUGUAAAUAUUUUUCAAUAAUGUUGUUUACAUGACUGUAAAGCGCCUUGAACAUAGGAUAAGAGCGCUAUAGAAAUAAACUUAUUAUUAUUAUUAUUUAUCGAGAUAUCCUUUGUUUAAUAAUUUUCAGAUCUUUUGUACCUUAAUCGACAGUGUAUCAUCCUCUUAAGUGGCCUUGGGGUUUCGGAUGAUACAUUUAUAGCUCUGCAAGACAAAAUGCUUCGCAGCCUUGCUCUGAUGUUACUUUUUGAAAUGGUGGCCUUGGACACCCUCCGUCACGUAAACAUCCCUGGUGGCAUAAAAGUGACAGCGUUGUCGCGUAGUGGCGUGAAGUUCACACGGGAACCGUUCUUUCGCUCUCUCCUCUUGGCGAUAUACAAGAGUCGACUGGGAGACUUGUUACGAAGAGCCCGGAUCGCCAUCCCAGAAACCCACGGGCGACUAUUAAUGGGCGUCAUAGAUGAAACGGGAUUUCUACAGUAUGGGCAGGUUUUUGUUCGUUACUCAAAGCUGGUCAGUGAGCCAGGAAAAGAAUUAACAACUCUAAAAGGCAGAGUUGUGAUAAGUAAAAACCCUUGCUUUCAUCCAGGUAAAAUUUAUUUUGAAGUUAAUUCUUACGAACAGCUUAUUCAAAGUCCUUUCCAUUAUGUUUCGAAAAACCAGAAUAUGAUUUACACGAGAACAUCGCAUGAGAGUCAAAGCCGCAAAAGUUAGAUCUGGCCGGCGAGACCAAUCAUCUUGAAAAUGAAAUGGGUUUUAUUGGAUGAGGGUUUUCGCUAAGAGGGCUGCUGGGCAUAGUAUUUGAGAACAGACUAAUCUGGCCGAACAGAUCUGUUUAAGAGCGGAAUUCUCUUAGUUCACAAAUGGGAAGGUCUGGCCUGCCAGUUCUGAGUUAUGCCAAUCCCUUAUUUCCAUUUGUUUCGGUUGUACAGUGAAGUAAUACAGCAAGUCGAACUGUCGAACUUGCGCUUGAGUGAUUAUUGCUAAUAAAAGUUUGACAUUUAGGUAAACUCUACACGAGACUGCCAUUCAAAAAUAGAAGUUUCAGUGCCAAGCUUUCUGUAAGCAAUUCUUCUACCAGAGGAUUUGUACAAGACCAAGAAAAUAUUAUAAGGCAGGGUGGGCGAUUUCCGCCCCCUUUGCUUGGAAAUGUGAAAAGUUAUUGGCGGAUUGGAAAUAAUUGGUCAAAAAUUGCCAGAAAUGUCUGAAAAAUUUAGCCACGACUUCAUUCUUUUGGUCCUAUUAAUUUUAUCCUUCUCAAGGCCAGGAUCCGGAUCCCCAGUACGUUAUACACAACUGUAAAACAAAACUAGUAAAAGUACUUGGGCUGAAAUGGAAUAAUUUGUAGUGAUACUGGAUACAAUCUAGCCUUUGAGUUAAAGCCAGGUUGGAGUGACUUUGUUUAAGAUAGAACGCUCUGUGCCAUUCCUUUGAAUAAGAACAUGAUUUGCAUAUUAGUUGUAGGGUUUUUAUGAAAUGUAGGUCAUCUUCAGUCUGGCUUCAAUGAAUGGAAGACUAAGACACCAAUAAGUUUUACUUAUUUACUUAAAACACAGCCUAUUCAAAUGUGUUUAUGGCUAGACUGGACGUUUUCUUCUCUGUGCUAUAUUUCACCCAUUUCUCUUUUGAAUCCAACGUUACUGCUACAGUCAUAUGCAACAAUCAGUGUAAUCAUUCCAUUUUGUCUUGUUUGCUUGUUCUUUUUUUUUUGCUUCUCAUCUGUUUUACUCUUUUCUGUAUUUUGUAGGUGACAUGCGCACUUUUGAGGCUGUUGACGUUCAAGCUUUACACCACUUAGUCGACUGCGUUGUUUUUCCCGCCAAAGGUCACCGGCCCCACACUGAUGAAAUGUCGGGCUCAGACCUCGACGGAGACAAGUAUUUCGUCACGUGGUACGACAAGCUUAUACCAACAAGAGAAAAUGAGGAUCCCAUGGAUUUUACUUCCCCCGAAAAAAAGGUUUUGCCAAGACCCGUGGAAGUAGGAGACAUGAUUCAGUUUGUAUCUGAUUACAUCAAAAAUGAUCAACUUGGGAUCAUUGCGAAUGCACAUUUGGUUCACGCUGAUCAUGAUGAUGAAGGUAAGUAAAAAACCUCAGUGAAAGGGUUAAGCAGUAUGCGGUUAAUUGCGGCGUAAAUUGCGGCGUAUACUAUCUAUCUAUCUAUCUAUCUAUCUAUCUAUCUAUCUAUCUAUCUAUCUAUCUAUCUAUCUAUCUAUCUGUCUGUCUGUCUGUCUGUCUGUCUAUCUACUCAUUGCUAUUAUUAACUUAUUUCCUCUUCCCUCAUCAAGGAAUAUUUUCCAGUGAGUGUAUCAAGUUGGCUCAUAUGCACUCUGACGCAGUAGAUUUUCCAAAGACAGGCAAGUGUCCAUCACUUCCCCGAGAACUAAGACCUGACCAGUAUCCGGACUUUAUGAUGAAGGCUGGCAAACCGCGAUACAAGUAAGUGAAUCAACAUUUUGUAAAUAGGUUAUGUUUCGUUAACGCCAUAUUUCAUAAGGUUGUAUAAAGCUAGUCUACCAAGCUAUACUAUUCCGUAGCAUGUCCUACUACAUCAUCCACUCUAACGGCUUUAUCCAAAACGCUAUGGAUAAAAAGAAACUUACUGCCCCCGUCGUUUUAGACAUGAGCAAAGCUUUCGACAGUCUCAACCAUGAACUACUAAUACAGAAACUACGGCAUAUAGGUUUAUCCAGCCAGGCGAUUUUACAAAUGUAUGGUUCCAGAGCUAUCUUUCAUCUAGAUAGCAAACAGUACGUAUCAAUAAAAGUGUGUCUGACUUUCUACCUAUCAUGACUUGAGUACCACAAGGAUCCAUCUUGGGACCCUGCUUUUCAGUGUAUAUGUUAAUGAUCUUCCUCAUCCAUUAAAGAAAUGUGAAGUAGACUCUUGUGUAGACGACACAAAAAUGUACUUGUUCUUUGAUAUUAAAGAUAAGGGGCGCGAUCCAUUCAACCAAAAUUUCCGGAAAUUUCGGUCCAAAACUCAAUGGAUCGGUUCGGUCCAAACGGAAAAGUUUCGAAAAAACUGGUCCACCUUUUGAGGUGGUCCUCUUUUCCCGGUCGAACCGGUCUGAAUUUUGGUUGAAUGGAUCGCGCCCAAGGACACAUCGGUCACGGACCUGCAACAAGAUUUAAUCUCGAUACGUAAUCGGGGUUUUAACAACUCACUCCUAAUUAACCCUGGCAAGACUAAGCUGAUUGUCUUUAGAACAAAGCAGACGCUAUCUCGUUUAGACGACUUCAAGUUAUCGCCUCUUGGCAAGGAGGUGACUCCAUGUGACUCCGUACGUGAUAUUGGAAUUUACGUGGAUUCUCAGUUGUCCUAUGACGAACAUAUUUUAAAGACAGUGUCUUCCUGCGUAUCUCGUCUUUGUCAAAUAAAUAGGGUUAAACACGUAUUCGAUCAAAAAACACUCAAAUUUGAAAUUAAUACAUUAGUUUUCAGCAGGUUAUUUUAUUAUUCUUCUGUUUGGUCUAGUGCUGCCAAGAAGAAUGUAAAUAAAUCACAAUUAGUACAAAUUUUUGCAACGCGUAUCGUUGCGUAAGUACGAUCAUGUAACACCUAUACUUAAAUCGUUAAAUUAGUUACCCGUCAAAGACCAAUUAUACUUUUGAGAUGCUGUAUUAGCUUUUAAAUGUAUGUCGGGACUAGUGAUCAAUAAAUAACACGUAGUAUUGUAAGUAACCGGAAAACCAAAAAUUCGCUUAUGCUAUUCUAUGCUAUUUAUUUCUGGGCAAAAAAUAUUCCACUGUAGGAUAGUCAACAUUUGGAAUAAUUUAGACAACAAUAUUAAGUUAAUCAUUGAUGUUAAUAGUUUUAGGAAUAAGCUUAGAGGAACGCUUUUAGACAAAUUUAAGAGGGAGAGUUAUGAACAUGCGACGGAAUGAUUAUAAUGAUAAUGAUUAAUGAUUUCAAUUCAGAGUAACUGUUAAGGGGGUUGGGUUUAAGAGGGAGGAUUGUUAUAUAAUGGGAGGGAAUGAUAUUUUAAAUAAUUUGUACUUUACUUCAUUAUAUGUUUGAAUUCAUUUUUGUAGUUGACGCUGAAAAGCUCCAAAGGGGAAGUGUUCAAUAAAGCAUGUAUAUGCAUGUAUACACUAAAAAAGCGUAUUUUUAUCUGGGUUCCUUGGUACUUAAUUAUCCUCUCCCAUUAUGAGGCUUUUCAGGGAUCGAUACUGAAAAAAAAAAUUCAGAUGAAACAAACCGGUACUAGUUGAUAAUUUGCAAGCGUGACUGAGGAAUCGAACUCGGCAGCGGUCAGACCGGCACUGACAGAUUACAGGAUAGUCCAGCGCUCUAACCGCUCAGGCAAGCUACCUUCUGAUUUAUCUUCUGUUCAUUUAUGAAGUCAAAACCUAGUUGGAAAAAUUACACGUAAUCUUUCAUGUUUCGACAAGAUCAAAAUAUGGAAAAUUCGUACUAAGCUUGUUUUCUUGGGAAUAUUUGUUUUUGUUGUCAUUUAUGUUAUGUCAUGUCAUGAGUUUGUUGUUUUCUUGUUUCAGUUCUCAAAGAAUACUGGGAAAGCUUUUUCGUAAAUGUCAAUCCCUCGAUCGUGCCCAGCGCUUCUCGGUUGACGCAUCUCAGUCGAAGAUCACACCUGAUAAGGACAUGAUCGUGUCAGGGUACGAAGAGUACCUUGAAGAAGCCAGGACUUUCAGAAAUAUCUACAACACAAAGUUGGAAGGUCUUAUGUCCUUUUAUGGCUUGAAAAAUGAAGGAGAAGUGAUUACAGGAUGCCUCGUUAAAGUCAAUACUCGACUUUCUGCCAAAACAGAUGAGAAGUUUGAAGUGGCUCAAAUGAUACUAGCAAGUCUUGCUACUCUGCGUGCCAACACUAGGCGCGAUUUCUAUUAUGAAUUUGGAGGAGAAGAAGCUGUAAUGGAGGAGUUUGAGGACAAUGGCAACUUUAGCAAUGACGUUAUGAAGAAGGCAUCAGCGUGGUACAUGGUAACGUACGGAGCGGAGGACGAGGAAGAAGCCACAAACACUGACGUUAAGGCAUCGACCAGUGAUAUCAGAGGAAAUCAUCAAACCAGCGAACAAAGAAAUAAGGUCACGUUAAUCAGCUUCCCUUGGAUCGUGGACCGAAUCCUGGCUAAGAUCAAGGACACCAAGCAGAAAGAAAGAAAAGCUAAAGGCAUCCAACAGCAGCAUACACUAAAUGCAGUCAGUGACCUUGUCAAGGACCAAGCAGCUUACUUUUUUGACGGUUUGAAAUCAAAUGUGUCAGACGACCGAAACAUGCGAAUCGAGGAGAAAGACAAAUUGCAAAGGAUGCUAAACCAGGCUUUGGCGGGCGGACCCGUGCCACGAAUUUCCUUGUGCGGCGAGUCUCUGACGAGUAUCUCUUCAGGAGACGAUCGACAAGACCAGCAACACAUUGAAAUCUAUUUACACGGUCGUGGGUGGAACGCCACGAGGGAAGAACAGUUUAAUUACCUACGGAGUGUAGAGAGAGCACUAAAGCGACACGGUGACGCACAUCUAAAACAGGGAUACCCUCCCAUGUUACGUUUUCAACGGUCACAAGGUAAGAACGUUUUCUAAAUCAUGGCGUCGUUAUUGAGUAUUCUUUACUACACUUGUCUGUAACAGAGAGCUGACCAAAUUAAUAGGCGUGGACACAGCAAGGAGGUGACGCCAAUGAGAAAGAAGACUGGCAUUUCUUUCAUUUUUGACUCACGCCACUCUCCGAUGGAACUACUUCGUAAAACUUUUAAAAUAGUUUUUGUGAAAGGAACAAAAAAGGGAUUAAAAAAAUUCAAUUCCAUCUUGUCCUUUGGGCAGGCAGUUGUCACAUUUUGCAUGCCCGCGGUCACUUUGUCCGUCUCCAAGCCCUACCAGAAGAAACAAAGGGAAUGGAGUAAAAUUAAAUGAAAACUUAUUAUUCUUUGCGCAGGUUUAUUAAGGCAGCAAUACUUAAUCACCAUGGACACAAACAGAAUGUUGAAAAGUGCGUACGUCGCUCUUCAUGUUCAGCGGUGUCCUCGUCUUUUCCAUCUUCUCUUGGUCGUCAUGCACUGGGGCCGCCGCCGACGCCUUAAUGGCAGCUCCAGAGGUUGCUUCCUGUCAGAUGAGAGUUUAGCCACCCUCUUUAUCACCUUCUGUGAAAAAUCUGGAUUUAUCAAUGAGGUACAAUUUGCUGUGUAAGAUCCUUGAAAGAGCGCUACGUCGUCCUACACUUUUUCAUGACAUUUCUGGUAAAGAUUACCAAGCCUUUCCAACAACAAAAUAUCACUAAUCAUGAUAAUUGCUAAAUUAUUGUGGGCUGCGCCACUGACGAAACUAAACUAUCUAGUUAAGUCUGUCUGCGAGCCAGCGCCGAAAUCCUUCUUCUGAGCCGUACGCGCCAUGAUUAGCCUGUUAAAAAACCAUUGUUGAUGAUUUGAAGUGAAAUUCGAAACGCACUUCCAGUAAUUCGUUGAGAGAUCUCCAGACGUUGCCAUCCUUGGGCUAUGGGCUGUUUAUAUGAUACCGGAAUGACUUUCAUUCCAGAAUGAGUUCCGUUCCAGAGUGAAGUUCGUACUGCAUUCACACCUUAAAAUCGAACGGCUCAGCCUAAGGCGUUCUGGUUCGCUUGGUUUUUGCGCCAAAUCAGAUACCUAUUCGCCACUCGCCCCAGACUACAAGAUUUGUGAUUUUCAAUUUCGGAACGAAGUUUUACCAGAAUGAAAUUUCUCACCAAAACGAGAAUUUCAUUCGAAAUGAAAACAGGAGUGAACUCAUUUCGGAACGACUUGUACGGGAAAAAAUGUUCGUCUCGGUAUCAUGUGAACACUAUGCAAAUAAAUACAUGGAGAUGGAAUGAAUUCAUCCGGGAAUGGAAGUCAUUCCAGUAUCAUGUAAACAGUAGUUCCUUAGAUUACGUCUGCCAGUCGGUCUAAAUGAUUGUUUUAUGCAUAAGUGCUGAUCAUAAACAGGCCUUAUUCUUCAUCUGACUCCCGCAUUUCACCUUGUAUUUGGAAUUUUGCUUUCAGCUUAAAAAAGACGAACUUCAGCCAUUCAUUUCUAGUCUUCUCGAAUCGUCUACACAAACUGCAGCCGAAAAUCUGUGGAACGCUGAGGUACUCGGGGAAGGUGAUCUUGGACAGCUGAAGGGCUUUAAAGAUGACGUAACUCCAGGUGACGCAUUGAUUAAGUUCUUUGAACAUUACAGCACGUUGGCCGACGACGACCGCCUUCAUAUAUGUCACAUUAAGAAUCCAAUGACAGGCAGCGAGGAAAUUUGCCCAAACGUGUCACAAGAAGAAAGCGGUCGCUUCUCUGACGCAGCCCUCCAUGCCUUUCACGAGCUGGCGCAGUGUUGUGGUCUGGAUAGUCUAACUGCCUCAAAUAACACAGAGAAUACUCGAGAGCUGAAAGAAACGCUACAGAUGCCAAACACAACCUGGGGCGCACUUCGAUUUGCUGAAGCCUUUGUUCAAAUAAAAUUGUCUAGGAAGACGUCAUCGCUGAUAACAAUUCGGCCUGGUAAUGAUUCUUAUUGAAUUGUUUGUUUGUUUAUUUGUGUGAGUUUUUGAUGCGGAAUGGGUAAGGAGAGGGGGAUACUCUACACUUAAGUUUCGAUAUUCUACUUCUCACAGGUAAGCUUUAUUAGAGAUAACUUCCUUUACUUCUAAUUUCUCUUUAUCAAUCCACCACGAUCUGGUACACCCAAACAAAUUAACAGUGAUGAAUUGAGGUUAGUACGGAUCGCUGAAGAAAUCUUGCACCAUUUACAACUUUUAGUCAACACAACAACGGAAUCAGAGCUGAAUACGAUAUCAAAACUGGUUGACAGAACAGAAAACACUAACGCGCCUUGAUUUCUACAGACAGUUAUUAGCAUUUUUCUCGAUGCUUUGUUUCUGAAUCAAUUCAUUCAUUCACACGUUAGUAGGACCGAUUCAUUUCGUAAGUUUAAUUGCACGUUUGGGUACAAUAAUCAUAUCUUUUCCUUCCUUUUUAGCGCAGAGAUCCGCUGGGUACAUCCUAGAGGCAACAGGGAAUUACCUCACCCUGCACGGUGUACAGAAUGAACUGGAGAAGCUGGAAACCACCUGUCAGUCAUACAUCUAUGACCACACGGUCAGUGGCGGGACGCGUUUCCUGUUUUUAAACCAAAAUAGUCAGGAACAGCGUGUAACCUUCAAGAAGUUAAGUAGAGACUUUGCAGUAAACACUGCUGAAAUGGCUUUACUAAAUUCUGGUGAGGACUUAGCUGCAAGAAAGUUCCAAAAUGCCAUUUCCUCUCAGUUGAGGGUUUACAAUCGCGAAUAUCUGCCCUAUGUUCAUGGCACUGACACGCUUAGCGUCAAAGCAGAGUUUGGAAGUAUUUACGUGGAAAACGUACCCGCUGAUUCAUUAAUUAUAGGAAGCGCUGCUGAAUCCGUCGAGAGAACUUUGAGUGAAAAUGCUGAUCCUAAGAACCAGUCAGCUCGGGGAAGGCGCAAUACCCAGCUAAUGAGACAUAAGUUUGUGCCGUUCUCAGGAAGAGUUGCCGCAAGUUCGAUUGCUUUUCUCGAGAGACUUCCCCAAUCCUCCUCAGAAUCAUACACCGUGGGAAUAAAGGCCGGGAAGAAUCACACCCUCACCGUAAAUUACAAUGAAAAUUUGGAAUUCUGUGAUGUAGAAAUCCCUUCUAUAAACUGGGUAGUAGCCGAUGUCAAAGCCCCGCGCUCAAGCAACUCAAAGUCACGUGACAUCGACAUGCGCAUCACCAUCUGCUCCGAGCGUAAACUGGAUGAAGAGGACGAGAAACAGGAAAUUAUGGCGUCGGCUAAUUAUACCAGGUUCAAAUCUGCAAUUAGAAGACCUGCAAAUGGCGGCAGUCAGCUUGAACUGGCACAUGAACUGCAGAACAAGGUUAGUUUUGUCCGUCAUGAUAAAACGUCUACUUAUCGCGUCCCUGACAACAACUCGAUUUUCAUUCAAGUGAAAGAGGUCGAAAAGUAUGAGACCAAAGGACAGAGGUUACUUAAAAACCCAAAGACCUUCAUUGAGGAGCAAAUACGGGGAUCCUUCAAUGGUAAAAAUGAAAAUGAAGCAAUGAAUGUUGCAAACGAAGUUUGGGAAGCGGCUAAAAAGCUCAGACAGCACAUAUCAAUUUUAAAUUAA